UCGAGAAGGAAAGGUAUACGAGGCGUCGAGUCUUGCGCGAUGUGACAUGGAUAGAUACUUUUAGAAGACAUGAUUCCAUUCCGUAUUUUUGUGAUCAGUAGUGAAGUGCUAAGUGAUUACUAAGAAAUGAUAACUUGUGUAAAAAUAUGAGUGAAAAACAUUGCUAGAAAUAUUUAACUUAUCUGGACCUAUUAAUGGAUAAAGUUAUGAACAUUUUUUCAGAAACUAUGCUGUGUGCCAAAGAAGAAUGAGGUCGGGUCAGUACAAGCUGUCUGGGACGGCCGUCCGGGUAUCCCAUGAUGACGUCAUGGGUCAGUUCCGGUCGACCCGGGAGGAGCUGCCCCCGGCGGAGUCCCCGGUGGGCGAUUUCCCGCACAUGAACUCCCUCGUGCUCACCAUGAACAAGAUUUCCGAGCCCCGGCCGCCGCGAGGACUCAACAAGAGCUCGGAGAGCGUGAGCGGUGCUCGAUGUAGCGGCACCAAGGUCGAGAAGCGGGUCAAGAACCUACUGCAGAAGGGCGGGAGCCUACGCCAGGAACCGCCGACCGCUGCAAAAGACACGUGGCAGUACGGGCACGUAGUCACGCUGCCCCGACGACCCCGCCUGGCCCUCCCACUCUCGCACUCCACCCACGACCUUGUGUCGUCCUCCGACACGGCCUCAUGCUUAAGUGCCAGCAGCGGCUACUCCUCGUCCUCCUCUAGCAGUUACGGCAGCUUCAAGAGCGGCACUUCGAGUAAUUGCUCGACGAUGCCGAGGAAAAAGUGCCUUAGUGAGUGCAGCCGCGGGGAGGACGGGUCCCCCCAUACCCCUACCAGGUCGUGCACGCUAAUUGACAACCCGAUGUACGACCUGACUCCCGGCUCCGCCCGCGGAGGUCCCCUGGCCUCCAGCCACGACCCCCGCCCCGCGCGCCGCGUCUCCGGCAGCGAACCGCGCAUCGACGAGCUCCACCGGCGGGGCGACCCGGACAUGUUCUUCGGAGUGUCACGCUGUCGAGGGUCGCCGUCGCCCAAACCCGACCCGGAGUACGACGCGGCGCUCGACGGGUCGCGGGCCUCGUCCAGGAGGUACUCAAGGCGACGCAGCUCCUCGGUCCCGCGCCCCGACCCGGCGCACGACCACUUCUCUGUGGCGGACGAUUUGGGGCAUCGCCACAGACUGCGCAGCGGGUCCAAGCGCCGCAGCCCCCUCCCCGCCGACCCUAUCUACGACGUCAUUCCGGGCGAAGUUCCAAGCCCUCGGCGCCGAUUCUCUUACGAGAGCAACUUCUACGAAACAGCGCAGCCCAGCAGAUUGGCCUCUUCUCACGCAGGGUCCCACAUGGGGUCCCAGGGGGCGCUGGAUUCCCUGGGCGAGUCGGGCCUGGACUCCUUAGAGUUCCCCCGCGCCGGCCAGGGCGACGACCAGGUGGCCCGUGAGUGCAGGGAGUACUUCCAGCGGCGUCUCAAAAACUCGGAGACGCUGCGCAAGCGCUGGUCCACCUGCUCUGCCGACUCGGGGGCUGACUCCGCCGACAGCGAGGUCUCCCCCUCCAGCAGCAGCAGCCAGGACCCCGCGCCACAGCACGCCUCAGGGAGUCCCGAUGUCACAUCAGCGCAGGACGCUGCUUCCGGGGCCGCGCCCGCAGAAGGAAGCCGAGCAGCCGCCGCCUCGAAGAAGACGCCGCUAGAUUGUAAAAUGCAAUUUCUUCGCAAAGAGAUCGCCUCGCUCAUCAACCAGGACAACGAUCUCUUCCGCCAGCUGUUAACGCUCCACGAGUCCAUCUCCGCCCUCAAAUCCACGCCCGCCCACACCCACAACUCGCCCUCGCCCGACUCCCUUGACUCCUUCACGGAGGAGGAGGAGGAGGAGGAAGAGGACGAGGACGAUGACGAUGACGACGACGUCUUGGAGGACGAGGUCGAUAGGGAUGAGGAUCAGGACGAAAGGGUCCUGCGGAAAGUCCUAGAGAUGUCGGACGUGGACGAGGGCCUGGAGAUGGACCACUCGCUCAGCCACUCCGCCAGCCCCACGUCCACCUUGUCGUCGAAGUCAUCGAGCCGCUCGCAGGACUCGCAUUACUCCCAGAUCGGAAGUCGCGACGCCGAGCGAGACCUGUUCAGCAGUGGUAGAGGAGGAAUAACGAGGAUCUACGAUAACAACGGGAACAACGAGACUGAUGACUGCGGAAGCAGCACAGCCAGACGUCGUUACAGUAGUACUGGCAACAUUCACAAUUUCGGUGAUGUAAGAAGCAGCAGCUACGGCCAUUACCAUCGCUGCGCCAACGCCAGGAGCAAGAGGAGCAGCAGCUGCGACGACGGAGCCUACGGCAGGAGUUUCAGCAGCACCAACAUCACGUCCAUCAACACCGCCACGAAGAUCAGCAGGCGCUACAGCAUCACCACCAGCCAAGACUUCAACAUCAACAUCUCCAUUAACAGCUUGGAACCUCAGAGCGCCACCCCGAUUUCCAGCAGUACCUCGUCCCUCUCCAAAACCUCCUGCUACAUCUCAAGCACCUGCGCGGACUCCGCUCACCACCGCAGGAUCGGAGGGAGCCUCGACAGGCUGUCAUCCUCCUCAAACUGCCUGACGAGGACGCGGAUCUCCAUCCCGCCCUCCUCGCGCAACCGUGACCGCAACGCUCGCCCUGAGUCCUUCAGGCUGUCCUCCGACAUGGCCACCCACACUCGCGUCCUCCUAAAGGCCAGGUCAUUCGCGGGAGCCUCCCUUCGCGAGAGCCCUUCCCGCAAUCCUGCAAAGGGCUUCGCGAGGACGUCUCUCCGAGAGGACCGCUUCAGCCUUAGCAGGGAAAGAGGAUUCUGCCGCGAGGGAGGCAUGUGCAAAAUGGAGUUCCUCAGAGCCAGGUUUGCUCUCAACGCCAUAAGAUCGUCAGUCGAGUCCACGGACUCCUCGAGCAGCCUUCACGCCUCCGAGCCGGAAGUGCAGCAACAGGAGCCAGAGGGGCUUCUCGAGGCAGAAGCGGAAGCCGUCAACAUAGCCAUAACAUGUCCUGCCGCCCCGCCGCAGUGCCAAGGGGCUGGGGAUGACGCGCCCUUUGAUAGAAACAGUCGCCAUUCGGAGAAGAUUCUCAUCGAGGAUGACCACGUCAUUUCUGCCGCCUCCGAGACAGCUGUCUCCUCCUUGAUUACUGAAGACAAGGAUGCGGCGUCGGUGACUUUGAAGACAGGUUCGAGCCUCGCCGCCCUGUCCUCCGACGACGCGCCAAGCACGUCGCUGAAGUCAGUCCGACUUCGUGCUCGCUCCUUCACAGGGAUGAUGUCACCGUCGGUUAUUAGCUCGACUGACCUGGAGUCCGAGUUCCCUGGUAUGUCUUCCCAAGGUCCCGCCUCCCCAAAGGAAUCUCUUGAGCACCAAGGCAACCUUAAGGUUACUAAGACUUCCGACCUAAAAAAGCGUUUUCCCUCGACCCUAGUAACUCGAAGAGCUAAGGUCGCACGCGAUGGUUAUGCCCUCAGGUUCUCCAGUGACCUUGGCUUUGGAUCUUCGUCCAAAGUGAGAGCAAAGUCAAAGAGAGAAGUAUUUGUUUAAAUCAAAUUCUAAUUUUAAAAAAUUAGAUUCCAUGAUAUUUUUACCAAAAACAUAUAACCAUCUUUUCCUCCGAAUUCCUACGGUUGCUCCCCAAACUGCAGUAUACCGCAGCUUAUCUCGUAUUACACAGGCUGUGCUAUCAGAGAGGCCUCAGUUAUGCAGUGCCCCCAGUAGGUUACGGAGCCAUUUUCAUUUUUUGUUGGCCCUCCUUUUUAUACAAGUACGAGGCGUUUUUCAGUGCUAUACAAUAGUAUCGAGUGUAUGAUGCGAUGUUAACUCGGAAACUACUUGGUCUCCAAUACUUGGAAAUUUACUUAAUAAAUAUAAUUCAUGAGAUUGUUACCAUGGUACCAAUAUCAUGUAACGGUUUCCAUUGUUUAAGCUAGAAAUAAGGAAUUUUAUUCAUAUGGAUCGAAGAAUUUUUGUUUGAUUAGUAUAUGAAAUGCAAACCAAAAAUAUUUAUAUGAUUUUUACGUUAUAGUUUUGUCAGGACAAGCGCCUGAUAAUCUUGGGAAAUUCGCAAGCUCAUAACAAUAUUCAACAUAUCUUCCCUUUUGCAAUUUACGGCAGAUAAAGAUCACCGUUAAAUUCAUGCUUGGAAUAACCAAGUUGAAAAGACUCGAAACAAAUAGACUAGUUGUCGACUACAAAACGAGUGAGUAAUGGCUAAAUUGAUCGAGUUAAAAUUUGUAAGAGACUUCUGCAGGAGUUUGAUAUUACAGAAGUCCUCCUUGCAUUAAGCCAAUGCAAGAAAACACCAAAGGAAGCACUGGCAUCCGUGGCCUCUCAACAACGUUAUCCUGUAGACGAUUUUCUUCCAUCAAGGUUGAUAGGAUGUUAUCACCUUUUCCGCAUUACGUUUUUCCUGUUGAUGGAGGGCGAUGAAAUGACAACCAAUUCUCUGACAUGAAGUGUACAUUUAAUUAGGCGUAAUGAGUCUUUCUCACGAUCUAAUCUAUAAGUUCUCAGAGGCAGCACUGCAGAGCAAGGUCUUCCAGUAGCGCCAGUGCCUCCUCCCUAGUCCAGCUGCCCUCUCGUUCAUCCCUGAAUCGCCCCCGAACUCCUGUGUUCCUGGAGUGUCCUUGAGGAUAGCCCUGAGGUGGAUAGUCCUGAAGUGUAGAUGUGUGCCUUUUCUUUGUUUUGUUUUUCUUUGUGUAUUCAGGAAAUGAUGUCUCGAUGAUAACUACAGCCUGAUUAUGCUUCUUUUAUGCAAAUGAAAUUGUGAAGCGUCAUUUACUUUCAAAAUAUAAGCGUGUGUAAUGUCUACAUUUUUAUUAUUAUCCGUUGUUUUUUGUUUGUAUGCCUUCAUGAUUAAUCUUGCUUCUUUUACUGCUUGCUUCUCAUACUUAUAGAUAAGCAAUGUAUCUGUUCAAUUCAUAACAAUAACAAUGUUAGUCUUUAUAUCCUUUUUAUAUAAAUGGGCUUCAGGUGGGUUUCCAUAAAUUCUCAGGGAAAGUACAAUCCCACUCUCAGAAUAAACACCCACAUAUAACUAUGAUAAUGAAUAAUUGUUUAAGACCAUGAAUACCGCUAAGAAGCAGGCGACACAGGCACUUCAGAUCUCACAAGGCGUAUCCUGUGCGCGGGAGAACUCCAGGCGAGUCUGUGUUAUUUAUUUUGAUGUAAAUUCCGUUUUUCGUUUCGUGUGAAAGCUCUUCAGUUAAGGAUGAAAUACUCUAACCGGUGCGUAUUGUUUUUUAUAUUUGUUUCAGAUCUCCGAUGUACUAUGUACGCCUUUGUGCUAUUUGAUAUCGUAUUUUAUAUGUAAGGAAAUUCUAUAUUUCGUAACUAAACAUGAAACUCUGACGAUGUUCCUGUAGUUUUCUGUAUAUAUUUUUUAUUCAUAAACAAAUUUACUAACCACAGUAGUCUCCAAGUUUUCAUUGUAGUUCUUCUGGUCUUGUGGUCGUAUGAUCCAGGAUGUUAAAAUUUUCCUUGGCUUCUGUGUAGGAAAAGGAUGCAUCAGAUAUUGUAUCUCUGAAGCUACCUUUCUCUAGAGCUAGGAUCGAGAUGGACAGCUUUUCCAAAUUCAUCUCCCGUUUCACCUUCCCUUAUGAAUUCAGUCAUCACGCAUGCGCAACUGUGUUCCUCCUCCCGUGACAGUCUGCUGUCCCUAAUCGAGUGUAGCGUUUCUAUACUAUAGUAAAGAUGAAUAUCUUCCACUCUACUCCAAGUUGACCUCGUUGGCUGGCGAACGACUUCCGAUUAAUGCUUAGUUUAAUAUUUCGUUGCCUCAUUAUUAAGCGUUCCGUUAGAUAAGACGUUUAUUGUGAUUAUUACACAAACUUCACAAGAGUACUCAUCUAACAACUACCUAUAAUUGCACCUGUAUACAAAAAUAAGCUUUGGACAGCCUAAACACGAAUAAAAGAUGCCUCUGAACUCUUUUGUUGGCACCUCAAGUGGAGUUUCAUUUGGAUACUCUGCUCUGCUUUUUUACAUAAUGAGGCUGUAGCUUCCUCAUGAAGUAAUUUUCUUUUGUACUUUUUUUCCGAAUGUGUUAAUUUUCUUUUGUAAAUUAUAUUUCAUUAAGUUCUGUUGAAGCGUUUUUAGUCUUUAGUUCCCAUUUUGCAGUUUGAAUAAGCUACACUUCCAGAUGCGAAAUGUCAGCGCCACCUGACAGCCCUUCCGCCAAGUACAGGGUUUCUUGCGGCAAACGCUGAGGAAGUCGAGGGUGAGACACAGCCGUUCUACAGAAGAAGGAUUAGUUCAACGUUGAGAUUUUUGGCGAGGUUGAGCAAGACCUGUUUCUCUGCUAUCUUGUGCAUUCUCAUCCAUGACUCCUCAGGCUUUCGCGAAUUCGGCACACUACAUGCAAACACGGAUCAUGCGUCUCCGAGUCUCGACCUGGAUAAAGAGGGAUUUUUAUCUAUGACUACAUAGGGAUCAGAGACUUGGACACAAUUUCACACACGUCUCAGUAAUAAUGCUCUAUAUUGCACUCAUAUGUAAUUUCGUAUGCAUUUGAAACACAAACACACACAUUAACACUUGACACUGUGAACUAAGGUGAUGAUGACUUUGAUAUAAGGCUUAAUUGAGCUGCAUAAUUCUUCAUAAAAAAUAUAGAUUCUCUCGACUCAAGUCCCCACGGAGAGUUGACGAUAGAGGCGCUCGGUGGAACCAUUCGGACAUUUUCUCUGGCGUGUGCGCGGGCGUGUCUAUUCUAAUCGUCUUUCAUAUUUCCUCUAACGCCUCUUCCUUUCCGUCACAGAUAUUCCUUUACUGAAUUCUUAAGGAAACAUCCUUAAGCUAUUCACAUGGAUACGGAAAAGCUGUCUUCCAAUUUUAAUAUCAGGAGCGAAUAGCUGUUUAUAUGGUGCACGAUAUCCUUACAAGAUCAGUUUUCCAUUUGUCUCAGGAAAGAGGAUCCAGAAGACUCCCCAAAUUCCCUCAGUCAGUCUGAAAUUUAAGACUCAAUCUACUACUGUGGUUUUCCCUUAUCCUACAUAUACAAGAAAGCUUUAUACCUGUACAUACAUUUUUUUCACCUGGAAAUUUGGUAACAUUUAGGAAAUGUUAACACGUGUAGAUAUAAUUUCUGAAAUAUGCCGUGUGUCUGUAUAUAUAUGUAACCAGUAUGCGUCUAAGGUUGUAUAUUGUUAUGAUGAGUUGAGCAAUAAAUGGCAAGCAGAACUGACUUA